AUGUCUCUGCUUCGAACUGUCCGAAAUAUUGGCCAAUCACAGACAGAGAUCAAAGUGAAAAAAGCCACUGAUGACGAUGAACUGAAUGGUGCUACGGGUACAUUGAUGAGUGAACUUUCUGUGUUGACAUACAGUCCCAGGACACUGCGCGAGAUAAUACAGGUUAUUCGAAAACGACUGAGUGGUAACUACCAAAAAAGCUCGCACAAGAACGCAGUACACAUCCUGAAAACGCUCACAUUGGUAGCACAUUUAAUCAACAAUGGAUCAAAUGAGUUUGUCUCGUGGAUUAGGGCUUACUCAUAUCUUGUAACGACAUUGAAAGAGUUUGACGUCAGCGACAAGCGAGACGGCCAGGUGGCGCUACAAAUACGAACAAUCGCGUCGCGACUUACAGAAUUGCUUAAAGACGACGAGCUACUGCGACGCGCGCGAAAUGACCUCACACAGUUCAGAUCCAGCAUAUCUACUCCAGGCCGGAAAUCGACCGACAACAGUCACCUCAAGGUUCAGGGUUCUGCCGCUGUUGGUCACGUGCGUCCAAGCCGACUUCGAGAAACCCAGAGUCUUGAUAUAAACCGGCCCACGCAAUUUGUACCAGAUCAGCAUGUGCGUGGCUACGUCUUGGGACCUUUAGAAGAGGAGGAGUCUAUUGACAAAGAGAACGACGAGAACUCUGGCUACAGGCCAUGCGAGAAAGACGGCUUGAGUCGCCGCAGAGGUGUGCCUCGGCUUUUAAGCAAUAAUCCGUUUGUGUGA